AUGCCUGCAGUAAAUAUCAGUGACAGUGAAGUCAAUGCAAUUAAUGCAACUAGCAUUGCAUUUAUAAGUAUUUGGUGCUAUUUAAUGAUAAUUUUUGGAUUAAUUGGUCAUAUAUUGAGCAUCGGUGUCUUCACACGUCCAUCACUUCGUUCAAAUCCAUGCUCAUGUUACUUUUUAGCAGCAACAAUCAGUGCCAUCGGUCUUGUUGCGAUAAAUGUAUUGUUACGACUUCUUCAAACCGUAUAUAAAAUCAAUAUUUACAUGGGAUCAGUAACAAUUUGUAAAUUUUUGAGUUGGUUGUUUUUGUGGAUUAAAAUACAGCAUGGAUGGUUUAUUGCUCUGGCUUCUAUCGAUCGCUCAUCGUCUACUUCCUAUCGAUUGCUAAGUAGCCUUCGUGUUGCUUAUCGUACGAUUCCUCUCACAAGUCUAAUCGUCGGCCUCGCACACGUUCAUGUACUCAUCUAUUUUCGAAUUAAUGUUAAACAGCAAACAUGUGUUCCACUGCAAGGCAUCUAUCAAGAAUUUUUUGGUGCAUGGUAUCUCGUUACAUUCAGUUUAACUGCUCCAAUGUUCAUGCUCUUCUUUGGAUUAAGUACCGUUCGAAAUAUUCGUCAAUCGAUUAGACGCGUUGGACAACAUAAUAUUCAAAUUCCAAUACCACUGCACCAACUUCGGAAAAAAAUAGACCGACAAAUGAUCGAAAUGAUGCUUGUUCAAUGUAUCGUAUUUAUUUUCACAGCAUCUCUUCCUGCAGUAUAUUUUUUCUAUACGUCAUUCAGAUCGAAUGUGACAGUAGAUACUCUACAAUUAGCUAAAGACAAUCUAUUAUACAAUAUUACUGGCUUUCUAUCUUUAACAGUUCCAUGUAUGAGCUUUUACUUAUUUACAUUAUCAAGUAAAUUAUUUCGUAAUGAGCUGAUUAAACUACUCAGUGGUCACUGGCAAUCUUUAAAGACAAUUGCUAUUAACAUCGCUCUAUCAUAA